AUGUCUGAAGCCGUUCUGAGAGACUUCCCCUCGCUCUUCUCCUUGAAGGGCAAGGUUGCCGUCGUCACUGGCGGCUCCCGCGGCCUCGGUCUGCACGCUGCUUCUGCGUUCCUCCAGGCCGGCGCCGCCAAAGUCUUCAUCUCUUCGCGCAAGGCCAAGGCCUGCGAGGAAGCCGUUAAGGCCCUGCAAGCGCAGCCCAACCUCGCGCCCGGCGCCCAGGUCAUCUCCGUGCCGGCGGACGCGUCCACGAUCGCCGGCAUCCGCCACCUGCUCGCCGAGGUCAGCAAGCACACGGAGCACGUCGACAUCCUCUUCGCCAACGCGGGCGCGACCUGGGGCGCGCCGUUUGACCAGCACCCCGACGAGGCGUUUGCCAAGGUCAUGGACCUCAACGUGCGCGGCGUGUUCAACGCCAUCCGCGAGUUCGCGCCGCUCCUGCAGAAGCGCGGCUCCAUCGCCGACCCCUCGCGCGUCAUCAUCACCUCGUCCGUCGCCGGCCUCGGCCUCGGCAGCCUCGGCGACCACGGCACCUACGGCUACUCGGCCUCCAAGGCCGCCGUUCUGCACCUCGGCCGCAACCUCGCGGUCGAGCUCGGUCCCCGCCACAUCACCGUCAACUCGCUCUGCCCGGGCUUCUUCCCGAGCAAGAUGUCCAACGGGCUGCUGGAGGCCACGGGCGGCGCCGAGCAGAUGGCAAAGGCGAACCCGAUGCGGCGCCUCGGCGAGGCAGAGGAUAUCGCCGGCGCCGUCGUCUACCUGGCCAGCCGUGCUGGCUCGCACGUCAAUGGCGAGACGCUGGCGGUGGAUGGCGGUUCGCUCUGGCAGCGCGGUGAAUUGAUGUCCGAGCCCAAAUUGUAA